GGUGCUAUUCUUAACUUACCAGAGGUUGUGUUACACCUCACGUGGCGACCUGGUAAGUCGGCGGAGCUGGCGCCCUCAGACGCCCUCCGGUGGGUGCUCGAGACGGUGGUGUGCUCGACAAGGUGUGCUCGUGGUGGUGCAGUGAAGCGCGACUUGAACAUCCUGACAAGAUAUCUAUAUUUGAGAAUUAGACGACUUUAGGCACUCACCACCAACAUGCCCGGCCACGUUAAGAAGUCCACGGGUCCUGACCCGGAUCCUACCGAGUUCUUGUUCAUCUCUAUUGAGAUGAAGAUGAAGGAUGCCACCAAGCCUUACGACGCCAAAAAAUCCUGCUGGGUCCCUGAUCCCAAAGAGGGCUUCAUCGAGGGUGAGAUCACAGGCACCAAGGGCGAUCUUAUCUCCGUUUAUGCCGGAGGUGAAACCAAGGACUGGAAGAAGGACCUCGUUGGUCAGGUUAACCCUCCCAAGUACGAAAAAUGUGAGGACAUGUCCAACUUGACCUACCUUAACGACGCCUCCGUCCUCUACAACUUGAAGUCCCGUUACGUCAACAGGCUCAUCUACACCUACUCUGGUCUCUUCUGUAUCGCCAUCAACCCCUACAAGCGCUACCCCAUCUACACCAAUCGUGUGGUCAAGAUCUACCAGGGCAAGAGGCGUAAUGAGGUGCCUCCCCAUCUCUUUGCCAUUGCUGACGGUGCUUACAUGAACAUGAUGCAACUUGGCGAGAACCAGUCUAUGCUUAUUACCGGUGAGUCUGGUGCUGGUAAGACUGAGAACACCAAGAAGGUGCUCUCCUACUUCGCCAACGUCGGCGCCACCACCAAGAAGAAGGGCGAUGCCGAGAAAGGGAACCUGGAGGACCAGAUCAUCCAGACCAACCCUGUACUGGAGGCCUUCGGUAACGCCAAGACCACCCGUAACGACAACUCCUCCCGCUUCGGUAAGUUCAUCCGUAUCCACUUCCAACCCAACGGCAAGCUGUCUGGUGCUGAUAUUGAGGUCUACCUGCUAGAGAAGGCCCGUGUUAUCUCCCAACAACCUCUUGAGCGUUCCUACCAUAUCUUCUACGAGAUGAUGUCCGACCAGGUCGCAAUGAUCAAACCCAUGUGUUUCCUUAGCAACGAUAUCUACGAUUAUCACUACGUGUCUCAGGGCAAGGUCACCGUCCCCUCCAUUGAUGACGGCGAGGACAUGCAGUUCUGUCACGACGCCUUCGAUGUUCUGGGUUUCUCCAGUGUAGAGGUUGAGAAUGUCUAUAAGAUCACCGCAGCCGUCAUGCACAUGGGUGAAAUGAAGUUCAAACAGAAGGGUCGUGAUGAGCAAGCUGAAGCUGAUGGCACUGAGGUUGGUUUCAAGGUUGCCAAGCUCCUCGGUGUUGAUGGUGACGACCUGUACAGGAACAUUACCAAGCCCAAGAUCAAAGUCGGUGCUGAGUUCGUAGCCAAGGGCAUGAACGUAAAUCAGUGUUUCUACUCCGUCGGUGCCCUGGCUAAGGGUCUGUUCGAUCGUGUCUUCAAGUGGCUGGUAGUAAAGUGUAACAUUACUCUUGAGACUGGCCUGAAGCGUCAAUCCUUCAUCGGUGUACUUGAUAUUGCUGGCUUUGAGAUCUUCGAUUACAACGGCUUCGAGCAGAUCUGCAUCAACUUCUGUAACGAGAAGCUGCAGCAGUUCUUCAACCAUCACAUGUUUGUGCUGGAGCAGGAAGAGUACAAGAAGGAAGGCAUCAACUGGGUCUUCGUGGACUUCGGUAUGGAUCUGCAAGCUUGCAUUGAGCUCUUCGAGAAGAAAAUGGGCUUGCUCUCCAUUCUUGAGGAAGAGUCUAUGUUCCCCAAGGCUACCGAUAAGUCCUUCUUAGAGAAACUGAACGCCAACCAUCUAGGAAAGUCCCCUGUGUUCAUUAAGCCCAAGCCACCCAAGCCCGGAGAGGUUGAAGGCCACUUCGCCAUCGUUCACUACGCUGGUACUGUCACUUACAACUUGUCUGGCUGGCUGGAGAAGAACAAGGAUCCCCUCAACGACACUGUCGUCGACCAGCUCAAGAAGUCCUCUAACGAACUUAUCGUCACUGUCUUCCUUGACCAUCCCGGACAGUCUGGUCCAGCUGAUUCCGGUGGCAAAGGUGGUCGCGGCGCAAAAUCUGGUUCUUUCAAGACUGUGUCUUCUGGAUACAGGGACCAGUUAAACAACCUGAUGAGGACCCUCAACUCCACUCAUCCUCACUUCAUCCGUUGUAUCGUCCCCAACGAGACCAAGUCCCCAGGUGUGACUGAGGCUGGUUUGAUCAUGCAUCAGCUGACCUGUAACGGUGUACUUGAGGGCAUCAGGAUCUGUCGUAAAGGCUUCCCUAACAGGAUGAUCUACCCCGAUUUCCGGCACCGUUACAAGAUCUUGGCUUCUAAGGAGAUGACUGAAAUUGCUGAUGAGAAAAAGGCGGCAAAGGCUUGCUUCGACAAGGCUGGUCUAGAAGAGGAGCUCUACCGCCUGGGUAACACUAAGGUGUUCUUCCGUGCUGGAGUCCUGGGUACCCUGGAGGAGAUCCGUGAUGAACGUCUGGGCAAAAUUAUAUCGUGGCUGCAGUCAUGGGUACGUGGCUUCACCGGCCGAAAGGAAUUCGGAAGACUGCAGGAGCAGCGUGUUGCCCUCGUUGUCGUCCAGCGCAACCUGAGGAAGUUCUUGGCCAUGCAGUCCUGGGUCUGGUUCAAUCUCUGGCAGAAAGUUAAGCCUCUGCUCCACGUUACUCGUAUUGAGGAUGUAAUAUACGAACUCAAGCAGAGGGCCACUAAAGCUCAGGAGGAUUACGACAAUGAGCUGAAGCUUCGCCAGGAGCUGGAAGCUUCUAUUGCCGCAGCUCAGGAGGAAAAGAACAACAUUCUAGUUGCGCUUGAAUCAACCAAGGGUAAUAUGUCAGAGUUCGUCGAAAAACAGGCCAAGCUCCAGUCUCAGAAGCAUGAACUGGAAGCCCAGUUUAACGAUGUUAAUGAGCGCCUGCAGAAGGAGGAGGAAGCGCGUAUUGCGCUAUCACAAGACAGGAAGAAGACCGAUCAGGAACUAGGAAACAUGAGGAGGGACUUAGAAGAUCUUGAGCUUUCACUUCAGAAGGCAGAGCAAGAGAAGGCCGCAAGAGACCAUCAAAUUCACAAUAUUACGGAAGAAAUUGCCCACCAGGAAGAGCUCCUUAACAAGGCGACUAAAGAAAAGAAACAUCUUCAAGAGCUUGGCCAAAAGUCUUCUGAAGAAUUCCAGGGAAUUGAAGACAGGUGUAAUCAUCUCCACAACAUUAAAACGAAGCUCGAGCAAACCCUAGACGAGCUGGAGGAUUCUCUUGCGCGGGAGAAGAAGCUGCGUGGUGAUGUUGAGAAGAAUAAGAGGAAGGUUGAGGGCGACCUUAAGCUUACUCAAGAAGCUGUGGUUGACUUAGAGCGAAACUACAAAGACAUUGAGUCUACCAUCCAGCGAAAGGAUAAGGAAUAUGCCGCGCUUGCUAGCAAACUUGAGGAUGAUCUGGGUGCGCUUGCUAAGGUCCAGAGGCAGAUUAGAGAACAGCAGUCUCGAAUCGAGGAGCUCGAACAAGAGGUUGAACAUGAGCGACAGGCCCGUGCCAAGGCUGAAAAGGGAAAGAGCAACCUUGCUCGCGAGCUUUCAGAACUCACUGAUCGUCUGGAUGAGGCUGGAGGAGCCACCGCAGCUCAGAUCGAACUGAACAAGAAGCGCGAGGCUGAGUUGGCCAAGCUCCGCCGUGACCUCGAGGAGACCAACAUCCAGCAUGACUCUGCUCUUAAUCUUCUUCGCAAGAAACAUAAUGAUGCUGUUGCCGAAAUGUCUGAGCAGGUUGACCAUCUCAACAAAACGAAGGCUAAGAUGGAGAAGGAGAAGAAUGAUCUGAAGCGUAAAGCGGAUGAUGCCAAGUCUGCCAUGGACGGUCUUACCCGUGACAAGGCUACUGCAGAUAAGUCCAUCAAACAACUGCAGCAGCAGAUAGCUGAACUUAAUGCCAAAUAUGAAGAAUCCACUCGUACUCUCAAUGACUUCGAUGCCAGCAAGAAGAAGCUUGCUAUUGAAAAUGCUGAUCUUCUGCGCCAGCUGGAGGAGACUGAAACCCAAACUGGACAACUGUCCAAGAUUAAAGUAUCCCUGAAUGCUCAGCUUGAAGACUCGAAAAAGCUUGCCGAGGAGGACAGCAAAGAACGCAGUAUUCUUCUUGGAAAGUAUCGCAACUUAGAGCAUGAUAUUGAUGGUCUCCGAGAACAACUUGACGAAGAAAGUGAAAGCAAGACGGACUUGCAGCGCCAGCUUACAAAAGCCAAUGCUGAAUCCCAGAUGUGGCGUUCCAAAUACGAGUCAGAAGGCGUUGCCCGUGCUGAGGAGAUAGAAGCUUCCCGGUUGAAGCUUGCUGCUCGCCUUGAGGAAGCCGAAGCACAGAUUGAACAACUUAAUGUUAAGAACCUGGCCCUGGAGAAAUCCAAGGAGAAACUUGCUGCGGACUUCGAUGAAACACAGAUAGCAAUUGAACGUGCUGAAGCUUUAGCCCAGGCCGCAGAGAAGAAGCAAAAGAACUUUGAUAGAAUAAUCAACGAAUGGAAACUGAAGGUUGACGACCUUGUGGCUGAACUUGACGCUUCUCAGAAGGAGUGCCGCAACUACUCCACUGAACACUUCCGCAUUAAGGCCGCCUACGAAGAAAAUCUUGAACACCUGGACACAGUUCGCCGCGAGAACAAAAACUUGGCCGAUGAGAUCAAGGAUCUGAUAGAUCAGAUUGGUGAUGGUGGCCGAAACUACCAUGACCUCCAGAAGAAUGUCAAGCGUCUUGAGAUCGAGAAAGAAGAACUUCAAGCUGCUCUUGAGGAAGCUGAAGCCGCCCUGGAACAAGAGGAGAACAAAGUACUCCGUGGUCAACUUGAACUCAGCCAAGUUAGACAGGAAAUUGACAAACGAAUUCAGGAGAAAGAAGAAGAGUUUGACAAUAUUCGCAAGUGUCACAUUCGUGCUCUAGAAUCUAUGCAAGCUUCCCUAGAGGCAGAAGCUAAGGGUAAGGCUGAGGCUCUCCGACUGAAGAAGAAGCUUGAGGCAGACAUUAACGAGCUGGAAGUCUCUCUUGGUCAUUCAAGCAAGGCAUAUGGUGACCUACAAAAGAGCUACAAGAAGCUUCAGAGUGAAGUAAAGGACCUGCAAGCGAGGGUUGAAGACGAGCAGCGUCUAGGCUCAGAAUACCGCGAGCAAUACGCGAUCGCCGAGCGCCGCGCUAAUUCUCUUCAUGGAGAACUGGAAGAAUCCAGAACUCUUCUUGAGCAGUCGGACCGUGGCCGUCGUCAAGCCGAGUCUGAUCUUAGUGACGCUAAUGAGCAGUACAGCACCCUUAGCGCUCAGUACAAUACUCUUUCCAUUUCUAAGAGGAAGCUUGAAGGAGAAUGGCAGACUCUUCACGCUGAGUAUGAAGACAUGCUGAACGAGGCCAAGAACUCCGAGGAGAAGGCUAAGAAGGCCAUGGUUGACGCCGCUCGCCUGGCUGAUGAACUCCGCGCUGAGCAGGAACACGCCCAGAACCUGGAGAAGGUGCGUAAGAGCCUGGAAGUCUCUGUUAAGGAACUUCAAGUCAAGCUUGAUGACAGCGAAAGCUUCGCCGUGAAGACAAGUAAGAAAUCCCUGGGUAAGCUGGAAGGCCGCAUUCGCGAGCUGGAAGGCCAACUGGACGAUGAAGCACGCCGUCACUCUGAUGCCCAGAAGAACCUGAGGAAGUGUGAGAGGCGCAUCAAGGAGCUCACCUUCCAGUCCGACGAGGACAAGAAGAACCACGAGAGGAUGCAGGACCUUGUUGACAAGCUGCAACAGAAGAUCAAGACCUACAAGCGCCAGAUCGAGGAAGCUGAGGAGAUCGCUGCUCUGAACUUGGCUAAGUUCCGCAAGGCCCAGCAGGAGGUUGAAGAAUCUGCAGCUUAAAUCAACACUUCUCAAUAAAUAUUCAGUGUAAUACAUAAAAUGUAUUAAAACCUCGUAUGUAAGCCAGUGAGGUAUCAGUUUAUAUAUAUAUAUAUAUAUAUAUAUAUAUAUAUAUAUAUAUAUAUAUAUAUAUAUAUAUAUAUAUAUAUAAUAAAAUGAAUAGCUUAUUAAUUUGAUUAAUAUACUGUUGUCAGGAAUACACUGAAUAUCCUGUAUCGCGAGCAUACUAACAAGGUUAGUAUGAGUAUUAUUCAAUAAAGAAAUGUAACUAA